AUGGCCGCCUCGGAGCGGCUGUACGAGCUGUGGCUGCUCUACUAUGCUCAGAAGGACCUGGGCUACCUGCAGCAGUGGCUGAAGGCCUUCGUGGGUGCCUUCGAGAAAAGCAUCUCGCUGUUCUCUCUGGAGCCGCGCAGGCCAGAGGAGGCAGGCGCAGAGGUGCCGCUGUUGCCGCUGGACGCGCUGCACGUGCUGGCCGAGCAGCUAGACAAGGGGGACCUGGAGCAGGCCCUGCUGCUGCUCAAGCUUUUCAUCAUUCUCUGCAGGAACCUGGAGAACGUAGAGGCGGGCUGGGGCCAGGUGCUGGUGCCCCGGGUGCUGGCAUUGCUGACCUGGUUGACGGCAGAGCUGAAAGGAGCCCAUGCAUCGCAGGAGGACCGUCGGCCGCAGCUGGAGAACGUGGCCCUGCAUGCCCUUCUCCUCUGCGAGGGCCUCUUUGACCCUUACCAGACCUGGCGGCGCCAGCAUAGUGGGGAAGUCAUCACUUCCAAGGAGAAGAGCAAAUACAAGUUCCCUCCAGCUGCUUUGCCCAGUGAAUUCAGCGCCUUCUUCAGAGAGAGCCUGCAGGAUGCAGAUGGCUUGCCUCCUGUGCUGCUUUUGCGUCUCGUCCACCUCUUUGGUGCUGUCCUUGCAGGAGGGAAGGAGAACGGGCAGAUGGCUGUGAGCGCCGGCUCUGUGCAGGGCCUGUUGGGUGUGGUACGGGGCUGGGACCAUGGGCCAGCCCAGGACCCCCGCCUAGUGCCCCUGGCACUGGAGGCACUAGUGGGUGCAGUACAUGUCCUGCAUGCCAGCCGCACACCCCCUCGUGGGCCAGAGCUCCGAACCCUGCUUGAGGGCUACUUCCGCAUCCUUAAUGCCGACUGGCCGGCGGGCCCAAGCCCAGGCCCUGAAGAGGCCCUCGUCACCCUACGGGUCAGCAUGCUCGAUGCCAUCCCCAUGAUGCUGGCAUGUGAGGACCGGCCGGUGCUGCAGGCCACCUUCCUCAGCAACAAUUGCUUUGAGCACCUUACUCGCCUCAUCCAGAAUAGCAAGCUGUACCUGCAGGCCCGGGCGCCCCCUGAGGGGGACAGUGACCUGGCUACCCGGUUACUGACCGAGCCCGAUGUCCAGAAGGUACUGGACCAGGACACAGAUGCCAUCGCGGUGCACGUAGUCAGAGUACUUACCUGCAUCAUGAGCGGCUCCCCCUCAGCCAAGGAGGUGUUUAAAGAGCGCAUUGGCUACCCUCACCUGCACGAGGUUUUGCAGAGCCAAGGUCCCCCCACCCAUCGGCUGCUGCAGGAGCUACUCAACAUGGCUGUGGAGGGGGACCACAGUGUAUGUCCACCGCCACCGAUCCUGAACGAGCAGCCCGUGCUGAUGCUGAUGCAGUGGCUGCCGGCCCUGCCCACGGCGGAGCUGCGGCUCUUCCUCGCACAACGCCUUUGGUGGCUCUGCGACAGCUGCCCCGCCAGCCGCUCCACGUGUGUGCAGGCGGGUCUGGUGGGCUACCUGCUGGAGACGCUCAGCACGGGGGUCGCCCUGGGGGUCCGCUGCCAGGAGCAGCUGUUGGCGCUGCUGCAGGCAUUGGGCCGUGUGUCUCUGCGGCCCUUGGAGCUUCGUUGCCUGCUGCGCCCCCCGCCAGGGCUGGACUCGGGGCUGGGCGGAGCGGAGGCUGGGAAUGCCCGACACGCCGGUGCCAUCAUUCGUGCAUUGUCGGGCAUGGCCCGGCACCGGGGCCCUGCACGAGCCCUGCACUACUUUGACCUCACGCCCAGCAUGGCCGGUAUUAUGGUACCCCCCGUGCAGCGAUGGCCAGGACCCGGCUUCACCUUCCAUGCCUGGCUCUGUCUGCACCCCACGGCUGCAGCACCUGCCCCGGCCCCCUCACGGCCACUCCAGCGGAAGCAGCUGUACAGCUUCUUCACCAGCAGCGGCUCAGGGUUUGAGGCCUUCUUCACGGCAGCUGGGACACUGGUGGUGGCCGUGUGUACCCGGAAGGAGUACUUGACCAUGAGCUUGCCUGAAGUGUCCUUUGCCGACUCUGCCUGGCACUGCGUGGCCAUUGUCCAUAUGCCUGGGCGCCGGCCCUUCAGCCAGAACCUGGUCCAUGUCUACAAAGACGGCCAUCUGGUCAAGAUAGCACCCCUCCGCUGCCCCUCUCUCAGUGAGCCUUUCUCCUCCUGCUGUAUCGGCUCCGCUGGGCACCGCACAACGACCACCACCACGGGGCUGCCUCUGCCACCAGUCCCCGCUGCCCUGGCUCACGCUCACCCCUCCCUGUCCCGCUCCCAGUCGGUCCCGGCUACCGCAGGGCUUGGCUGGGGGUCGGGGCUGGUGGCCCCCCUGCAGGAGGGCAGCAUCAGCUCCACCCUUGCAGGCACACAGGACACUCGGUGGGGCAGCCCCACGUCUCUGGAGGGUGAGCUGGGAGCCGUGGUCAUCUUCCACGAAGCCCUGCAGGCAGCGGCCCUGCGGGCCCUGAGCACCUUGGGGCCCAAUGAGAUGGCACCCUUCAAGCCCGAGGGGGAACUACACGAGCUCAGCACCAAGCUGCUCCUCCAUUACUCACCUCAGGCCUGUAAGAACAACAUCUGCCUGGACCUGUCUCCUGGCCACAGGCUGGAUGGCCGCCUGACGGGCCACAGGGUGGAGACCUGGGACGUGAAGGACGUGGUGACUUGCGUGGGAGGCAUGGCUGCCCUGCUGCCCCUGCUGGAGCGAGUGGCCUCACAGCCCCAAGAGGCCGAGGCGGGUCCAGCCGAGACACAUGACCUCGUGGGGCCCGAACUGACCUCUGGCCACAACACCCAGGGCCUGCUUCUCCCACUGGGCAAGUCCUCCGAAGAGCGCAUGGAGAGGAAUGCAGUGGCCGCCUUUCUGCUGAUGCUGCGGAACUUCCUGCAGGGCCACACAGUGAACCAGGAGAGCCUGGUGCAGUGCCAGGGGCCUGCCAUCAUUGGGGCCCUGCUGCGCAAGGUCCCCAGCUGGGCCAUGGACAUGAAUGUGCUCAUGUCUGCCCAGCUGCUGAUGGAGCAGGUGGCAGCGGAGGGCAGUGGGCCCCUCCUGUACUUGCUCUACCAGCAUUUGCUCUUCAACUUCCACCUGUGGAGCCCCAGUGACUUUGCCGUGCGCCUGGGCCACAUCCAGUACAUGUCUAGCAUCGUCCGGGAGCACAGACAGAAGCUGCGGAAGAAGUAUGGGGUUCAGUUCAUCCUGGAUGCGCUGCGCACCCAUUACAGGAUCCUGCGCAGAUUGCAGCAGAACGAGCGCUUACCUGAACGGAGUCGCCAGCGGCUCCGGCUGCGAGAAUACGGUCUCCAGGGUCUCAUCGCCUGCCUGCCGGAGGGGGCUGCUUCGCCCCAGCUCUGCCAGGGCCUCUACAAGCUAUUCCUGGGGGCAGAUUGCCUGAACCUCUCAGAUCUGUUGGCUGUGGUGCAGCUGUCCCUCCAGGCUGACCUCGGCGUCCGCCUGGACGUUUGUCGCCAGCUUUUCCACCUCAUCCACGGACAGCCAGACGUAGUGCAGCUGCUGGCCCGGCAGGCCGGCUGGCAGGACGUGCUGACCCGGCUGUACGUCCUGGAGGCUGCCACAGCUGGCAAUCCCCUGCCCUUUCCCCCAGAGACACCCACAUCCCCAGAGCCAGCCUUAUGCAAGCCACCCACUGAAUCACCUGAGUCUUCGGAUGUCUUCCUGCCCUCGGAAACCCCCAGCCCCGACCCUGACAGCUUUUACCACGCUCUCUCUCCAUUUUGUACACCCUUUGACCUGGGCCUGGAACGGGCCAGCGUGGGUUCGUGCAACAAUGCGGGCAGUGGCAGUGGCAGUGGGACUCUUACUCCGGCCAGCCAGCCUGGCACACCUUCCCCACUGGAUGGGCCCCGGCCCUUCCCUGUGGCCCAUGGCCGCCAUAGCUCUAGUCUCUCCAACGUGCUGGAGGACGGCAGCCUCCCGGAACCCGCCAUCAGUGGGGAUGAUACCUCAAAUACCAGCAAUCCACAGCAAACCCCUGAGGAGGAGUUGUGCAACCUGCUCACCAACGUGCUGUUCUCGGUGGCGUGGCGGGGCGUGGAAGGCAGCGAUGAGGCCGCCUGGCGGGAGCGUGGCCAGGUCUUCUCGGUGCUCACCCAGCUGGGCGCCUCAGCCACGCUGGUGCGCCCGCCAGACUGCAUCAAGCGCAGCCUCCUGGAGAUGAUGCUGGAGUCAGCCCUGACCGACAUCAAAGAGGCCCCUGCUGGGGUCCUGGCCAGCCUCACCCAGCAGGCGCUUUGGCUGCUGCGCCUGCUGCAGGACUUCCUGUGCGCCGAGGGUCACGGUAAUCAGGAGCUGUGGAGUGAGAAGCUCUUUGAAGGCGUGUGCAACCUGCUGGAUCGCAUGGGAGCCUGGCCACACCUGGCCAAUGGCACAGCAGAUCUGCGAGAGAUGGCACAGAUUGGCCUGCGCCUGGUGCUUGGCUACAUCCUGCUGGAGGACCCGCAGCUGCACGCCCAGGCCUAUGUGAAGCUGCACUCGCUCCUGCAGACAGCGGUGCCCAUGCGGCGCGAGGAGGCCUGCUACGUGCUCUCCAAGCUGGAGUCGGCGCUGGCGCGGGCGCUCAACACCCCCACCUCAGAAACGCCCACCGAGGAAAGGGAGCCCUCAGCUGCAGUUGCAGCUGCCGCAGGCACGGAACGCUGCUCGUGGCUGGUGCCACUGGUGCGCACGCUGCUGGACCGUGCCUAUGGGCCGCUGGGGCUCCAGUGGGGGCUGCCUUCCCUGCCGCCCACCAACGGCAGCCCCACCUUCUUCGAGGACUUUCAGGCCUUUUGUGCCACACUUGAAUGGCGCCACUUCAUCGACAAGCAGGUGCAGCCCACCAUGUCGCAGUUCGAAAUGGACACCUACGCGAAGAGCCACGACCUCAUGUCGGGCUUCUGGAAUGCCUGCUACGACACGCUCAUGAGUAGUGGACAGCGGCGCCAGAGGGAGCGGGCACAUAGUCGUCGGGCUUUCCAGGAGCUGGUGCUGGAACCAGCACAGAGACGGGCACGCCUGGAAGGGCUGCGUUACGCGGCGGCACUGAAGCAGCAGGCAGCGCAGCACUCCACGGCUCUGCUCCACUGGGGGGCGCUGUGGCGCCAGCUCUCCAGCCCCUGUGGGGCCUGGGCCCUUAGGGACCCACCGCUUCCCCGCUGGAAGUUGUCCAGUGCCGAGACAUACUCGCGCAUGCGUCUGAAGCUAGUGCCCAACCAUCACUUCAACCCUCAUUUGGAAGCUAGCGCCCUGCGGGACAACCUGGGUGAGGCCCCCCUGACACCUACCGAGGAGGCCUCGCUACCUCUAGCGGUCACCAAGGAGGCCAAAGUCAGCACGCUGCCAGAGGAGCUUCCGGAAGACCAGCUCGGCGAAGAUGAGCUGGCUGCGCUGGAGACCGCGAUGCAGGCAGCAGAACUGGACGAGCAGCAUGAGAAGCUGGUGCUGUCAGCGGAGUGCCAGCUGGUCACAGUGGUGGCUGUAAUCCCAGGGCUGUUGGAGAUCACCACACAGCACGUGUACUUCUACGAUGGCAGCGCAGAGCGUGUGGAAACUGAGGAGGGCAUCGGCCACGACUUCCGGCGCCCGCUCGCCCAGCUGCGUGAAGUCCACCUGCGGCGUUUCAACCUGCGCCGCUCAGCCCUUGAGCUCUUCUUCAUCGAUCAGGCCAACUACUUCCUCAACUUCCCGUGCAAGGUGGGCGGGACCACAGCCUCAUCUCCUUGGCAGGCCCCCAGGCCCCAACCCUGCCUCAUCCCACCCCACACCCAGGUACGGAACCAGGUGUACUCGUGGCUCCAGCGCCUGCGCCCCCCAGCCCAAGGCUACCUAAGCAGCCGCUCCCCCCAGGAGAUGCUGCGUGCCUCUGGCCUCACCCAGAAAUGGGUACAGCGUGAGAUAUCCAACUUCGAAUACUUGAUGCAACUCAACACCAUUGCAGGGCGGACCUACAACGACCUGUCUCAGUACCCUGUGUUCCCCUGGGUCCUGCAGGACUACGUGUCCCCAACUUUGGACCUCAGCAACCCGGCCGUCUUCCGGGACCUGUCCAAGCCCAUCGGUGUGGUGAACCCCAAGCAUGCCCAGCUCGUGAGGGAGAAGUACGAGAGCUUCGAGGACCCUGCGGGCACCAUCGACAAGUUCCACUAUGGCACCCACUAUUCCAAUGCGGCGGGCGUGAUGCACUACCUCAUCCGCGUGGAACCCUUCACCUCCCUGCACGUCCAGCUGCAGAGUGGCCGCUUUGACUGCUCCGACCGGCAGUUCCACUCAGUGGCGGCAGCCUGGCAGGCCCGCCUGGAGAGCCCCGCCGACGUGAAGGAGCUCAUCCCAGAGUUCUUCUACUUCCCCGACUUCCUGGAGAACCAGAACGGCUUCGACCUGGGCUGCCUCCAGCUGACCAACGAGAAGGUGGGCGAUGUGGUGCUGCCGCCAUGGGCCAGCUCUCCUGAGGACUUCAUCCAGCAGCACCGCCAGGCUCUGGAGUCGGAGUAUGUGUCUGCCCACCUGCACGAGUGGAUUGACCUCAUCUUUGGCUACAAGCAGCGGGGACCGGCCGCAGAGGAGGCCCUCAAUGUCUUCUAUUACUGCACCUAUGAGGGGGCUGUGGACCUGGACCACGUGGCGGAUGAGCGGGAACGGAAGGCUCUCGAGGGCAUUAUCAGUAAUUUUGGGCAGACUCCCUGUCAGCUGCUAAAGGAGCCACAUCCAGCUCGGCUAUCAGCCGAGGAAGCAGCCCAACGCCUUGCACGUCUGGACACUAACUCACCUAGCAUAUUCCAGCACCUGGACCAGCUCAAGGCCUUCUUUGCGGAGGUCAUCAGUGAUGGCGUGCCCCUGGUACUGGCCCUGGUUCCCCACCGGCAGUCCCACUCCUUCAUCAUCCAGGGCUCCUCAGACCUGUUGGUGACCGUGAGUGCCAGUGGGCUGCUGGGCACCCACAGCUGGUUGCCCUACGACCGUAACAUAAACAACUACUUCAGCUUCAGCAAAGACCCCACCAUAGGCAACCCCAAGAUGCAGCGACUGCUGAGUGGCCCGUGGGUGCCAGGCAGUGGUGUGAGUGGGCAAGCCCUGGCAGUGACCCCCGACGGAAAGCUGCUGUUCAGUGGUGGCCACUGGGAUGGCAGUCUGCGAGUGACCUCACUAUCCCGGGGCAAGCUGUUGAAGCAACUCAACCGCCACCUUGAUGUAGUGACCUGCCUUGCAUUGGACACCUGCGGCAUCUACCUCAUCUCAGGCUCCCGGGACACCACGUGCAUGGUGUGGCGGCUCCUGCAGGAGGGCGGUCUCUCGGUGGGACUGGCAUCAAAGCCCGUGCAGGUCCUCUACGGGCAUGAGGCUGCAGUGAGCUGUGUGGCCAUCAGCACUGAACUCGACAUGGCUGUGUCUGGAUCUGAGGAUGGAACUGUGAUCAUCCACACUGUACGCCGCGGCCAAUUUGUGGCAGCACUACAGCCCCCAGGGGCCACGUUACCCGGACCUGUGUCCCACCUGGUGCUGGGGUCAGAGGGCCAGAUUGUGGUACAGAGCUCGGCGUGGGAACGUGUCGGGGCUCAGGUCACCUACUCCUUGCACCUGUACUCAGUGAAUGGGAAGUUGCGGGUUUCGCUGCCCCUGGUAGAGCAGCCCACAGCCCUGGCAGUGACAGAGGACUUUGUUCUGCUGGGCACAGCACAGUGUGCCCUGCACAUCCUCCACCUGAACAAACUGCUCCCAGCUGCGCCUCCUCUACCCAUGAAGGUGCCCAUCCGAAGUGUGGCUGUGACCAAGGAGCGCAGCCAUGUGCUCGUGGGCCUGGAGGACGGCAAGCUUAUCGUGGUGGGCGCGGGGCAGCCCUCUGAGGCGCGCAGCAGCCAGUUCGCGCGGAAGCUGUGGCGGUCCUCCAGGCGCAUCUCCCAGGUGUCCUCAGGGGAGACAGAGUACAACCCUGGAGACGCGCGCUGACAGCCGUCACGCAGGCUCCUCCCCCGGCGGGCCCCGCCCUUGGAGGCCCCGCCCAGGAGUCGGCGGGAACCCGGAGGAGGAGGAGACCAAGAGGCCGCGGCCGGGGGUCGGCCCGGCUCCGGGGGUGGGCGGGACCCCACCCCCGCCCAGCUCAGGGAUUGGUGGGCGAUUCACUCCAGGAAGUCCCGCCCCUCGCCGGCAGAGGGGCCGUCCGGAGUCUGGCACUGGCCUCAGCGGCAACACAGCACUUUUUUGCACAGUG